AUGACUUUCAACACUAUUGAGGACGCCCUCGAGGCGUACAAGAACGGUGAGUUUCUUGUUGUGAUGGACGACGAGGACCGUGAGAACGAAGGAGACCUGAUCAUCGCUGCAGAGAAGGUGACCCAGGAAAAAAUGGCCUUUCUGGUCAAACACUCGUCGGGCUUUGUGUGCGUGCCCCUGAGCACGGAGCGCGCCGACGCCCUUGACCUUCAGCCUAUGGUGCCGCACAACACGGACCGUCAUGGCACGGCCUACACUAUUACUGUGGACUACGGCGAGGGCACGACGACGGGGAUCAGUGCCCACGACAGGGCGUUGACCGUGCGGCAAUUGGCGAACCCGGACUCGCAGCCGGCGGAUUUUCUGCGUCCUGGGCACAUCUGCCCGCUGCGUGCCCGGCCGGGUCUGCUCAGAGAAAGAGUCGGCCAUACCGAGGCUGCUGUGCAACUGUGUGUUCUGAGCGGUCUGCAGCCGGCUGGAGCCAUCUGCGAGCUUGUCAAUGCCGAUGACGGACUGAUGAUGCGGUUGCCCGAGUGCACGAAAUUUGCUCAGGAGCACGGACUGAAAAUAAUCUGUAUCAAGCAUCUUUUGGAGUACAUGGAUGAGAAAAAAAAUCUAUUAAAAAUAAUGAAUAGACUAUUUGGAACCCGUAACAAUUUGCCCAAGGCGACGCUGGGCGACGCAAUCAGCAGCAUCGAUGAGCGCGCCGCGUCGCUGGACGUGAAGAUCUCCAAGCUGAACACCGAGCUCGCGACGUACCAGCAGAAAAUGGCCAAGAUGCGCGACGGGCCGGGCAAGACGGCCAUCAAGCAGCGUGCACUCAAGGUGCUGAAACAGCGCAAGCAGCUGGAAGCGCAGAAAGACCAGCUCGACGCGCAGAGCUGGAACAUCUCGCAGGCGCAGAUGACGACCGAAAACCUGAAAAACACCAUGAUCACCGUGGACGCCCUCAAGAGCAGCAAUAAGGAGCUCAAGCGCACAUACGGCAAGAUCGACAUCGACAAAAUCGAGGCGCUGCAGGACGAAAUGCUCGACCUGAUCGACCAGAGCAACGAGCUGCAGGACUCGCUUGCCCGCAGCUACGAUGUGCCGGACGACAUCUCGGAGAGCGAGCUUGACGCAGAACUGGAGGCCCUGGGCGACGAGAUCGCCGAGGAUGAGACCCCGGCGUACCUGGAGAUGCCUACGUUUGUGGACGAGCCUAUCCAGCCCGAGCAGGAGGAGACGGUUAAGGAGGGCGAGCUGGUGCAGUGA